UGGAGAUUCAAUUGUACCUGGCCUUUCCUCGCGAGCUAGACGCAAUUCCGGUCGGACUGGCGACCUCCAGAGCGCUUCAUUCUAUCUCGUUGAUGUUAUGUAUUGGCUCGAGCGCGUGGGAAGACAUUUACGCGCCACGCAAUAAAACGAAAUUCAUAAAAGACGAAGAAACCUAUCGCUAUGCUUGGAAGACUAAGAACAUGCAAGUCCGGCAUGGUGCCGCGCACGCACGCCAACGCAAGUUGAUUUCCAAUGCGUUCUCUUCAACGGCACUGCAAGGGCAGGAGCAACUCAUCCUUUCGUAUAUCGACAAUAUGAUCAACCAGUUGAAGGUCAAGGCCCAGACCACACGGAGUCAAAGCAAUGCACUAUCGACGUUCGAAACUGGCUCAAUUGGCUCACCUUCGACAUCAUUGGCGACCUAAGUCUAGGGCAGUCUUUUGGCUGCCUACAAUAGCAAGGAAUGCACCCAUGGAUAAGCAUCAUCUUCGAGUCGCUCCGAGCUGCGGUCGUGGCAAGCAUACUCUGCUCAUAUUAUCUUU